UUAUCCGGAUUCUCUAUUCUCUUAUUUCAUUUCUUCGCUCCUUUCUCUGUAACACUAGCCGGUAGUAUAUAUAUUUCUGUACAUAUCAGGCCCGGACCUCUUUCUUUACUUGCCUGACGAUCCUCUCUUUGCUGUCUUUUCUUUUCUCGGUAUCCGCUUGCUGGGCUCCGCGCUGUAUUUAGUCAGAGGCUGUGAGGUCCCGUUUAUUUCUUGUUGGCUAUCGGGCUAUCUCUUCAUGAUGUCGCUUGUUUACAGGCUGUUCACUGGGCUAGCUUUACUCUUUAUUUUGUUGAGACCAGCUCACGCUAUACAGUGUCAUACUAAUGACGGUGGUACAUGUUCUGGUUUACGGUGCCAAAUUUUCCUUCAAUCGGGUCAGGUUUUUCAGACAUGCAAAUCCAACUUCCCUUUAUGUCCUGGUCCAGUAAACAUACUCUUCACUAAUGAAGGCAGUUUUAGACCUUACAUUUACUGCUGUGAUACUGAUUAUUGUAAUAGUAACACUACAUUUAAUUCGCUCAUCUCCCCCUCUCCCUCUCCUACUGUAACCGUCAGCACUGGAUCUAUAGUGAUUGUCGUUUCUUCUAGCAUCAUCGCAGGACCACAAUCCAGUCUGUCUUCCUCUUUGUCUUCUACCUCUUCAAUCUCCUCUACUUCUUCCUUGUCAACUGGGACAGUCCUUCCCUCUGUAACCAGCUCGCCUAACUUAGAGAAUACUAUUAGUGGCAGUCACAUCGUCGCCACUCCAUCAUCAAGCAACGGUGUCAUGGAAUCCAGCACUGUCAGUUCCUCAUCGUCGUUACCUUCCUAUAUCAUAGUUGUUAUAACGGUACUCAGUGUAGCCAUUUUCUUGUUCAUACUAGCCCUUCUCACCAUCGUCUUUGUCUACUUUAACCCUCGUCACAUCGUUGGAGUAGCCGUACCAACGGAGAGUGAAGGGACUCCUACGAUAUCUACUGGAUCGUGCGACUUCUCGUCCAAUCAGGAGUUAUUUGACGGGACUACAUCAGGCAGUGGUGCUGGUCUUCCUCUACUAGUCCAGCGUUCUAUAGCGGCUCAAGUCACCACCUGCCAGUUGAUUGGAAAGGGUCGUUUUGGAGAGGUCUGGCUUGGGUCGUACAAAGGCGACUCGGUCGCUGUGAAGAUAUUCCACACGAAAGAAGAAGACUCUUGGAAGCACGAGGUUGAGGUUUAUCAGACUUGUCUUAUCCGUCAUCCGAAUAUACUCCGUUUUAUUGCAGCUGACAAUAAGGACAUUGGCAUAGCCACUCAGCUCUGGCUUAUAACAGAGUAUUGUGAGAUGGGGUCUCUGUAUGAAGUCCUAGUGAACGAGGAGCUUCAUGAGACUACGGUCCUUAAACUUUGUCUUACGGCCGUGAGUGGCCUAGCCCAUCUACAUGCUGAGAUUACAGGGAUUGAGGGGAAGCCUGCUAUAGCACAUCGGGAUUUAAAAUCCCGCAAUAUCCUAGUAAAGAGAGACUACACCUGCUGUAUUGCUGAUCUUGGUCUUGCCCUAAGAUAUGACAAAGUUACCGAUACUGUAGAAGAGCCUCCUACCAAGAGGGUUGGAACGAGGCGCUAUCUCUCGCCUGAGAUUCUCGACGAUAGCAUGAACGUGAAGAAUUUCGAUUUCUUUAAGCGCUCGGACAUGUAUUCGUUCGGCCUUGUCCUCUGGGAAAUAGCUAGAAGAGGAUUGUGUGGAGGUGAGGCUGAGGAGUACCAGCUACCUUAUUUUGAUAGUGUCACGCCAGAUCCUUCCUUUGAAGAAAUGAAAAAGAUUGUUGUUUUUGAUAAGAGGAGACCUCCUUUCCCUAACAGAUGGAGCCAAUCUAAAGUAUUUGCUGAGUUGUCUCAGCUCAUUGAACAGUGCUGGCAUCACAAUGGAGAAGCAAGGCUGACAGCUUUAAGAUUGAAGAAGUCUCUCUCGAACAUUCUUCCGGAGAAAUCUGCUAAACCGAUAGAAAUAAAUGAACCAAAUAAUCAGAUACAAGUCUCCCUAUAACUCACUGUCUUUACUCGCCAUCUUUCCUUUCUUGUUUUUUUAAAUAUCUUUCCCUCUUUUUCUUUCUCCACACAUAAGUCCUUCUUUACUAAUAUUUAAUACUUUCAUUGCCACAUGUCUCUUAUAUUAGUUGUAAACUUCCCUCCCUUUCCCUCUCUCCCAUUCACUCUUCAAUCAUCACUGAUCCUCACUUCAUCUUACUUUGUUCACAUGACUCUCUCUUUUUGCCUUUUGUUUUGUGUAAACUGUUUAUUUUCAUCAUUGCUCUGUCUCCCCAUGUCUCUCACCGACUGACUGUUCCCACAUCUCUUCAUGUUGUUUGCUUUUUUUU